AUGAUCGAACCUCAAAAUUCUGUUGUUCCUCGUCAGAAACCCCCAGCGCAACCAAAAUCUCACUCUAAGCUUUGUUUUACGUGUUUCAAUUCACCCUCUAAGACUUUACCUAAAGUUGUCGUUUUAUAUAGCGGACCAACGAACAUUCCACCAGCCAUCACUCAAACAAAGCAAUCAAAAGGUGCAAAAAACAAAGCAGCACCAGUUCCACGUGGUCCUUUAACACCUCAACAAAAAAUAAUGAACGAUAUUCAUAAAAAAUUAGUCCAAAGGGACAAACUUCAUAUUUUUGCACAGCCAGUUACAGAGGACAUAGCUCCACGAUAUUUCGAAGUCGUAUCUCAACCAAUGGAUCUUUCAACAAUAAAACAAAAAAUGCACGAAGAAAGCUAUCAAAUAACAGAUUUUCAAGACGAUGUAUUCCUUAUGAUCAAGAACUGCAUGACGUAUAACCCUGACUCUUCAUUCUAUUACCAAGAAGCAGCAAAUUUAUAUCAAUUUUUCCUUCGCGAAAUUAAAAAGGCCAAAAGGCAGUUAUCAGGAGAGGCACCCAGGGAGAUCUCCUCGGCUGUUCGUAAGGUCACAGCUGGCGGAGAAAUGUCACAUACGUCAAUUACCACUCAAUCAACGAUUCCUACGAAAAUCCAGUCGUUUAUCAAGAAGCGGCAAGGAAACUACGUCGCUCCUGUACUCGACAACACAGAUAAAAAGAGAACAUUUAUACAGUUAUCAAAUCCUCAUCCAAACGUUCUCAAGAUUGGCGAGAGUGCUAGAUUUUCAGUAUUCGUUGAUACAGUUAAGCAGAAUAAGCAACUCAGGCUAAAUCUCCAGAGUUUACUCAAUAAAUUCUCCAGAGAUGUAAUGAACGAUGCAAUAAGGAGUAUGGCCAACCUUUCAGACACUUACGAGAUCGAUGCCGCUGCCAUCGAUGAAGCUCUCGCUUCAACCUUAGAAUUAAAUAAUUUGAAGGAAAUUGACAUUGUAGACGCCCCAACAGAUGAAUAUUCGCUUAGAGCACUUGCUAACCAGAUACCCAACCUAUCCAUAACUAAUUUCAAGCAAUCCGCAGAGACAAUUCAAGAUCCUGCAAUUUCAUCACUGAAACUACUAUUGUUCUACCAAAAUACAAUGAGAUUUUGGCCUGAUGCAUCACUAGAUAACGCAAAAAGAACAAUUGUAAAGACUUUGACGUCGGAUAUUACAAACCAUGUAAUUACAAUGAAACCAUCCAUAUUUGUUAAAGAUCAGUAUGCUACAAAUGCUCUCCUUCACCUCGUCAAGUCUGCAAAAUAA